CUAAAAUAUACACCAAUACCAUUUAUGUAUGUUAUAGUUGUUUUUGUAAAAAAAAAAAGUAUGUUAUAGUUGUUUGUAGUGCUGGAAAGAAGAGAGGGAAGGGGAAAGAUGAAGUCGGGUUCUCGGUCGCUGUCGGUGACGCAGACAGUGAACGGUUCACACAACUUGACAAUAAAAGGUUACUCACUGGCAAAGGGUAUGGGAGUAGGGAAGCACAUAGCCAGCGAGACAUUCAGCGUUGGUGGAUACCAAUGGGCCAUUUACUUCUACCCAGACGGCAAGAACCCUGAAGACAACUCCGCCUAUGUCUCCGUCUUCAUUGCUCUGGCCAGCGACGGCACCGAUGUCCGUGCUCUCUUCGAGUUGACCCUCCUUGACCAAGGCCUCAAUCCCAAGCACAAGGUCCAUAGCCACUUCGACCGUGCUCUCGAGGGCGGCCCCUACACACUUAAGUACAGGGGUAGUAUGUGGGGAUACAAGCGAUUUUUUAAACGGACUAUGCUUGAAUCAUCAACGUACCUUAAGGAUGAUUGCUUGAAAAUUAAUUGCACUGUCGGUGUUGUGGUUUCUGCAGUAGAUAGUUCAAGACUACAGUCCAUACAUGUCCCCCAGUCUGAUAUUGGGUCACAUUUUGGUAUGCUGUUGGAGAAUGAAGAGGGUUCAGAUGUUACUUUCAAUGUAUCUGGGGUGAAAUUUCAUGCACACAAGCUGGUAAUGGCUGCUCGUUCUCAUGUAUUUGAAGAAGAGUUUUUUGAUAGGAUGGAAGAGGAUAAUUCUGAAAUAGUUAUCGCAGAUAUGGAACCCAUUGUUUUUAAGGGUUUGCUUCAUUUCAUAUAUAGAGACACACUAAUGGAAGAUGUGGAAUCCCUAGAUUCUAGUUCAUCUUCCAUGCCGUCUUCAUCAGGCACAUUAGCUGCAAAGUUGUUAGCUGCAGCAGACAAAUAUGGUCUACCAAGACUGAGAUUGAUGUGUGAAUCUGUUCUCUGCAAGGAUAUAUCUGUGAGGUCUGUUGCCAAUAUCCUGGCUUUGGCUGACCGCUACAAUGCGACAGAUCUGAAAUCCCUUUGCCUGAAAUUUGCUGCUGAAAACCUACUUGCUGUGAUGGAGUCGGAUGGUUUUGAGUAUCUCAAGGAAAGCUGCCCAUUGUUGCAGUCUGAGCUCCUGAAGACAGUUGCAGGAUGUGAAGAGGGACGCAGUGGAGAAGGGAAGAGUCAAAGUGUUUGGGCUCGGUUUUCUGAAAACGACGAUGCAAAUGAUCUCAGUGUGAGGGGGCAAACAUGGGAAAAUUGUGGUGAAAGAAAUCGAGGCUUAUGGAUUCAACUUUCUGAUGGAAGUGGUGAUGCAAGUGGUAGGAGUCCUCCUAGGCAAGAAGACUGAUAAAUGUAAAUUUGGUGUGCUAUAUUUUGACUUGUAACAUUGAUGGCAUAUGAAGAAAAGAAAACCAAAAUCAUGACAAUAAAUUGAAUUGUAUAAAAGAAUAGAGAACAUUAGACGGUAUUUGAAUGUCUCCUUUCCAUGUUGCAUCUCCUAAGUAGAUAAAAUUUUGGAUUGUAAAUUUGUUGUCCGAAGACAUACCUGAUCAACUCAACAUACUAUUUCACAAAUUAAUUUAUAUAUCACAUUUUGCUUUUGGUAA